UCAAUCUCUCCCAGUAAUAUUCCAUUCCUCUCCCUCCUUUCUAUGAUUUCGAUCUCGAUCGCCGACUGAAUCAUUCGAUUUGUAGACAGAUUACUGGCUGCUGCGAGCGUCACAUCGCCAUUAGAUUAGAUAAAGAAAAAAAACAAAAAUUAAGGAGAAGUUUGAAAUUGUUAGGUUACUUACUUCCCGGAUUUGAAUUGGUAUCGAGGGGCGAAUCAUGGAGAUGAGUGAUGCUGCUUCUGCUGCCGAAAGGGAAAGGGGUAUUGAGAAGAGGAAGGAGGUAGCGCUGUGUGAUUCCGACGCCCAGCACGCCGCCAGCCAUCGCGCUUACCCUAAGCCAUUGGCCAAGUACGAGAAUGUGGUUGCUGAUCCGGAGUUAUUCAAGGAGACUUUGAUGAAGCUGCAUGCUGAAAUGGGCACAAAGUUUAUGGUUCCAAUUAUAGGAGGAAAGGGCCUUGAUCUGCAUCGUCUAUUUGUUGAAGUAACUUCUCGAGGUGGUAUUGAAAAAGUAGUUUCAGAAAAGAGGUGGAGAGAAGUAACUGCAGCUUUUAGUUUUCCAUCAACAGCAACAAAUGCAUCUUUUAUUCUCCGCAAGUACUAUUUGUCCUUGUUGCAUCAUUAUGAGCAGAUAUAUCUAUUUGGUGCAGAAAGAUGGAACCCUCUCAAUGCUCCUUCAAAUACUCCUGCAUCUUCAGUUGCUUCUCGAAGAUCAUUGGAACCUUUGAAAAUAUAUUCUGAAGCUCAGGCUGCUUCCGGCAAACGGAGAAGAAAUAGUGGCCUUUCCUCGCCAACUUAUACCCCAGUCAUUGGAGUGAUCGACGGAAAAUUUGAGCAUGGAUAUUUUGUGACUGUUACUGUUGGCUCAGAGAAGCUUAAAGGUGUCCUUUAUCAUAUUCCGGAACAAACUGCAGAGCAGGAUCCAUUGGCUUCUAUCAGUGCUGAUGAUGGCAAUUUAAGGAGCCCACACCAGCACGAGCAUCAGCCGAAGCUCAGCUUGCUAGAUCCAAAUCCUUUAAAGCAAGAUAACAGUGGGUACAAUGCCUUCUUUGCCGAGCAGCAUGCUAGGCUUUUGCCACUUCAUCCAGGGCAAGACACUGAAAUCAGUAGAAUCAUCAGUGUUCAGUGGAAUGAGCUUACUGAAACUGAGAGAGCUGUUUUCCAGGAGAGAGGCAUGAAGGACAAGGAGAGGCAUGGAAGUGAGAUGACAUUGUGUGAAAGUUCGAAACCAGGUCCGCUUGUUUGGGACCCAUUGCCGAUGCAGCAGCUUCCUGUCAAACCAGUGGAGGAAGCUGAUGUAAAAUUACAGAAGGCUGGUGGCGACAUGAAAGCAUCUGAUGAGGAUCACUGCAGUUCUGAAGAUAUAGAUUCUGGUGGGGGAAGUUCACAAGUCCACCCAGAAAUUGAGAGCUCGGCGGAUGUCACAACCAUCCUAGGAUCUAUGUGCUCGGUCGAGCCUUCAAAGGAAGGAAACAAGUUCGAGUUGCUUACUAGAGAGGAUGAAAAAUUGAGUGGUGCAGGGUCAUCAUAGUUUGGGUGAAUAUAGAAAAAGAAACCACAGAUCUUAACUCAAAACAUGUUCUGUAACGUUUGAGUAAUUUCAUCUGCUACAUGUUUAUUCAUCUUGUGUUUAUGUUGGUCUCCAAGCCAAUUUCUUCCACAACUCCAGAAACUAUCUUGAAAUUAAAAUAUAU